AUGAAUUUUGACUUAGAUGCUUUCCUUUUGAACUGUCAACAGGAUGACGAAUUAACACUACCGAGCUUCGAAUUCAACGACCCUUCAACCAACCAGCUCUAUUUGCCAGACCUGAGUGAUUUUCCACUGGAAGAUCAGUCCAAUGACCCAGCUAUUAAACCUCAGUUUAGUACAGCCGAGGCAGAUUUUGGCUCCUGGGAUUGGGAGGGAACGCUAGAGUGCCCUGUGGCGAAAACUAAUAACGAAAGUGAAGAGUCUACCCAACUCAGAGUCCCUGACAGCUUUCUGGAGGAAGAACUAAUAGAAUGCCGCCGGUUAAAGGGCCAGCUCGAAGAGCUGGUGAAAAAGGGCGAAGAGCAAGUGGAGAAGAUGAAAGAAGUGGUAAAAGAUAUGAAAGAUCAGAAAGCCAAAACAGAAGAGGUGGCAAUUUCUAUGAGGAAUGAAGCUAAAUCGGUGACCGAAGGCAUCGUGAGCAGAUUCAAAACCGAGAUUGAGACCUAUUGUGGAAUGUUAAAAACCUGGGCAACUGCCGUACAACUACGCGUGGAGAAUGCUAAAGAAUAG